GCCAUGGCAUCUAGACCCAACAUGAUGGCCCCCAUUUGUCUGGUGGAAAACAACAAUGAGCAUCUGUCAGUGAAUCAGAAAGCUCUAGAGAUUCUUGACCAGAUUUCUCAGCCAGUGGUGGUCGUGGCCAUUGCAGGACUGUAUCGUACAGGCAAAUCCUACUUGAUGAAUCAGCUUGCAGGACAGAAUCACGGUUUCCCUCUGGGCUCUACGGUGCAGUCUCAAACCAAGGGCAUCUGGAUGUGGUGUGUGCCUCACCCCUAUAAGUCUGAUUGCACUCUGGUCCUUCUAGACACCGAGGGCCUGGGCGAUGUGGAAAAGGGCGACCCUAAGAAUGACUCGUGGAUCUUUGCCCUGGCCGUGCUUCUGUGUAGCAGCUUCGUCUACAACAGCCUGAGCACCAUCAACCACCAGGCCCUGGAGCAGCUGCAUUAUGUGACAGAGCUGACAGAACUCAUCAGGGCAAAGUCCUCUCCUAAAUCAGAUGGAAUAGAAGAUUCAAUAGAGUUUGUGAGUUUCUUUCCAGACUUUAUCUGGGCCGUACGGGAUUUCACCCUGGAGCUGAAGUUAAAUGGCCACCCUAUCACAGCAGAUGAGUACCUGGAGAAUGCCUUGAAGCUGGUUCUAGGCAUGAAUCACAAAGCUCAAAUAUCUAAUCUCCCUAGAGAGUGCAUCCGGCAUUUCUUUCCAAGACGGAAGUGUUUUGUCUUUGAUCGGCCAACAAAUGACAAAAAACUCCUAGCCAAUAUUGAGAAGGUUGCAGACAACCAACUGGAUUCUAACUUCAAGGAACAAAUAAAGAAUUUCUGUUCAUACAUCUUCACCCAGGGGAGAACCAAGACCCUCAGAGAGGGAAUCAUGGUCACUGGGAAACGGCUAAGGACUCUGGUGGUGACUUAUGUGGAUGCCAUCAACAGUGGAGCAGUGCCUUGUUUGGAGAAUGCGAUGAUGACUCUGGCCCAAAUUGAGAACACUGGGGCCGUUCAGAAGGCAGCCAACCACUACAGCGAGCAGAUGGCCCAGAGAGUGAGCUUCCCCACAGACACCCUGCAGGAGCUACUGGACCAGCAUGCAGCCUGUGAGAAGGAAGCCAUAGCAAUCUUCAUGGAGAACUCCUUCAAGGAUGACAACCAGGCAUUCCAGAAAAAUCUUGUGGAAAUCAUAAAAGAUAAGAAGGAUGGGUUCUUGCUGCAGAAUGAAGAUGCAUCUGUUAAAUACUGUCAGGAUAAACUUGAGCAGCUUUCCAAGUCCCUAAUGGAAAGUAUUUCAGCAGGCAUUUUCUCUGUUCCUGGUGGUCACAAGCUCUACAUGGAAACAAAGGAAAGGAUUGAACGGGACUACUGGCAAGUGCCCAGGAAAGGAGUGAAGGCAAAUGAGGUUCUCCAGAGGUUCCUGCAGUCACAGGCAGCAAUAGAGAAUUCCAUCCUGCAGGCAGACAAAGCGCUCACAGAUGGGGAGAAGGCCAUGGCAGUGGAGCGGGCCAAGAAGGAGGCAGCUGAGAAGGAACAGGAGCUGCUGAGACAGAAACUACAGGAGCAGCAGCAGGAGAUGGAGGCACAGAAGAGGAGCCUUGAGGAAAAUAUAUUGCAACUGAAGGAGAAGCUGGAAAGGGACAGAGAGAAUAUAUUAAGAGAGCAGAAUAUGAUGUUGGAGCAUAAAUUGAAGGUUCAAGAAGAUUUGCUUAGAGAAGGAUUUAAAAAGAAAUCUGAAGAGUUGAAUGCAGAGAUCAAUCAUUUGAGAAAUAUAAUUGAUACUACUCAAAAUGAUAAUUCUUCCUGGAUUGAAAAAGCCAUAAAUAGAAUUGUCCCUGAGAUCUUUUCAAUAGUGUGUUCUCCUGGUAAAGUUAUUGGUAAUAUUGUGAGAGGCAUUGGCUCACUGUUUAAAAAGAAAUAAUUCUCCUUUGAAAGAAAUUAUAAAAUGUGGAUAUAUGCUAUGGCUUGUUUUUAGUGUAUAUUCUUUUCAAUUUCAUUCAUCAAAGUCUUAAACAAAAAUAGUGCCUACUAAAGGAUAUCAAUGCCUAGCCCUCAUUAGAUAGAAUUAAUGCUCCUAUGCUUUGAUAUAGCAUGUUUACUUUAUGAAAUAUGCAUGUUUAAAUAAAUAUACUUACAAACAA